AUGUCGAACCCAUUCUUCUCAAGUAUCGACGGCGAAGACGUACGAGUCCAGAGCGAUUCAACCAAUCAUGGGCAAACAUCAUCGGCUACUUCAGAAAGUUCAAAAUGUUCUCGAUCCUCGUUGUCGUUGAACUCAUCUGCCGCGACUUCCCCUGGAGCAACAGACCCAUUCUGGUAUUCACGAAAGGACCCCAACAUUUCCAACUUUCUGGCGCUCGGUUGUCUAUGCUUUGAGGACUUUUCCAACUCAGAAGCCAACGAUAGCCCUGGUGACUGGGUGGGCAUUACGACACUGCCUGUGCUGGCUUUCGACCAAAGCAUCGCGUCGAAUCUUGCAAGGUUGUUUAAUUACGGCUGGAUUCGAAUCCAGUCAACAAGAUCGAUCACGAACGAUGCAUGGCUUGUUUUUCGAAUCUAUCUUCUCUACAGCGAUGUCGGCAAUGCAGUCAUCAAUCGCAGCGACAAGAAACUCGUCCAGGCACUGGAAGGUCUUUUGAGUGAAAUCGACACUUCAUCAGAGACAUGGAACGGUCGCUACCUCUCGGAUCAGAAAUGUCCUUUUGACCUCUGGGCGAGUGCGGAUGAGGACAAUUCAAGCUUGUUUUACUUGUUCAACAAGCUGCCAUCUCCCAAUCCUCGGCCGUCAGACAUCGACCAAAGAUAUCCUCGAGAAGCUUUGGAAGAUCUUCUGGACUGUGAUUCUACUGUUCGUGGACUGAAAACCCCUCUAUACCCUUACCAGAGACGCUCAGCUGGUGCUAUAGUCCAUCGCGAGUGCAUGUCUCGCAUGGAACUCGAUCCUCGAUAUGAGGAGAGGAUCGCUCCAGACGGCAAUCGGUUCUAUUACAACGCUAGGGACCUGGACUUCCCACGAGACGCCCCGCUGCAACAAUCAUGUCAGGGCGGCAUUCUCGCCGAGACCAUGGGUCUUGGGAAAACUCUCAUCUGCCUCGCUCUCAUCCUGUCAACUCGCGACCAUCCACCGAAGGUACCCGUGCAGUACUCAUCGAUACCAAUCCGGCCACAGGUGGCAAGCCUGGCUGAGAUGGCAGUGUCGGUUAUCAACAGGAAAUCAAUACCUUGGAAAGUCGAAUUCGAGCGUGAGCGCCAGGCAACUGGAAUUGAAUUCAACAAAUGUGUACAAAUGCUCGAUCAAAAUCCGGGAAGCUAUGAAAUUCCAAGAGUCCCAAUCCGCUGGAACCGCAACACUACACUGCCACCUCCACAACGAGUUAUCCUAACAACGACGACGAUCAUUGUCGUGCCGCAAAAUCUGCUCAAGCAAUGGCGCAGUGAGAUCCAGAAGCACGUCGAGACAGGAGCUUUAAAAGUCCUUGUGAUGGAGGAUCGCCGCAAGGACCUUCCACCGCCCGACGAGUUGCGAACAUUCGAUGUCAUUCUCUUCACGAGGAACAGAUUUGACAUGGAAAGCAGAGAUGGGCAAGACAGCGAAGGCAGGCGAGUAUCGAAAGCGCCCUUAGUCUGCCGUUGCCCCUACAUCGGAGCGACACGUCGCAGGGACUGUCACUGUUUGCAAGAAGAUGCUCUCUACGAUUCGCCAUUGAAAUACCUCCAUUUCAGGCGUAUAAUCGUCGACGAAGGACACUUCUUUUCGAACAGCAACACCAAUACCGUGAUUGUGGCAAAUCGCUUGGUGAAGGCCGACCAUCGGUGGAGUGUCAGCGGCACACCAGCACGAGAUCUUCUCGGCGUCGAAGUCGAUACAUCCGUCAUCUCCGAGUCAAAGGAGAGUAGAGAUGCCUUACUCGAACGCAGACGCACUUUCAACCCAAUCGAGGACAGAUCCGGUGCGAUCGAUAGUCUCGGGUCGCUGGCAAGCACCUUCAUUAACGUCGAGCCCUUUUCACAAGGUCGAGCGAUCUGGAAGGAUUACGUUUUCCGGCAUGAAGACCACCGGCACACCUUCUCAGGCUUUUCCACAUGUCUACGAAGAACUUUGGAGGGUAUGGUCGUCAAGACACGUCCAGAGGAUGUUGAACGAGACAUUCAGCUCCCGCCACUGCACCAUUCUGUCGUACGCCUCAAGCCCUCGCUCUACGAUAUCUUCACUGCAAAUCUCUUCACACUAGUCCUGACAGCGAAUGCUGUUACGUCAGAAAGGACCGAUGCGGAUUAUUUGUUUCAUCCCAACAGCCAGAGAUCGCGGUAUCAGCUUGUCGGCAAUCUGAGAAAGAGCACAUUCUUCUGGACCGGCUUCAGCGAAGAUGACGUGUUGGCAUCGAUGUCAAACGCGAAGAAGUAUCUCGCUAAGGAAGGCACGGGAUGUACUCAAGAAGAUCGUGUGCUAAUGACCGAGACACUGAAGUGUACAGAUGCUAUUCUGAAUUCUCGAGGAUGGAAAGCCUUGAGCAAGUCCCACGAGCUAGGUGUUUUCAUCGACGAAUGGCCAGAACAAUCAGCUGAGCAUUGGGCUUUUGAUGAUUCAAAAUCGCCUGUUCUCACUGGUAUUACCCAGCUACUGGACGCGCAGCGAUUCGUAAACGAACGCAUCGCACAGGAUGACCCAGGGGAAGGCCUAUCUGGUCAGGGCAUUCGAGCUCUUGCGGCCUUGCAAGACUCGCCGACGGCACAGCAGGAAGCCGCACAAGGUGUUGGCGAUGCACACAGUAUGGCAACGAACACGGACAAGACGAAGAUCAAGAAGCCAACAAAGAAGGGCGCAAUCAAGGCGGCUCUCGCGGAGAAGCAGCUCCUGUCCAAGUCUGGCAUUCCUAUGUCUUCGAUCGACGGUGAACCUCGCAAACGAAACGACAAAAGUCCUCGGCUGCCCAUGAAAGCUUUUCGUGUUACUAAGAAACGAAAGGAGAAGCCUGCUCGCAAGCCGAAGAAGGACGAUGACGAUCUUGAAUCAGUCCAACCCAGUGCUAUCCCCGAUCCUCAAUUGCGGUCCAAUUCAGAGUAUUCGCGAGCUCGCGUCGUGGGCACGACAUCAGCGAAGAUGUCAUACCUUAUAUCGCAGGUCAUGAAGUACUAUCAGGACGAAAAGAUACUGGUCUUCUACGAGGGCGACAACAUUGCUUACUACAUUGCUCAAAUCCUGGAACUGCUUGAUGUCAAGCACGAGAUCUAUGCCAAGACCCUCCAGAAUCGCCUGAAGUCCGAAUACGUCGUUGACUUCGACUUGGGAGCAGAUACCAGAGUGUUGCUCAUGGACGUUGGUCAAGCUGCUUUUGGUCUGAACCUGAGCAGUGCUUCGAGGAUAUACUUCGUCAACCCAGUAUUGCGACCUCAGAUCGAAUCGCAGGCGAUCAAACGUGCGCAUAGGAUUGGGCAGACAAGACGGGUGCAUGUGGAGACUCUUCUUUUACAGGACACCGUGGAGGAGAAGAUGUUCCAGCGAUCAAAGCGAAUGACUGCCGAAGAGCAUCGCGUAAAGGCCGUCGAAGAUGACGGGGGCAUGCGAGAGAUCAUUCAAAGCUCCCGCAUUUUGAACGUUCCGGAAGAGCAGCAAGCGUCAUUACAAGAUCAGAUGGCUUCGCUUGAGUCUCCAGAGCAGCUUUGGGCCAGACCAGGGUGGAGAGAUUUCUGGUAG